AUGUCUGCAGAGAAGAAGACAAAGAAGAAGAAGCCUGAGUCUGAGACUGCAGAGACCAAUGGAGUAGAUGCCAAACCAAAGAAGACAAAGAGUAAGAAGAGCGCAGAUGGAGAAAGUCCAGCCACACAGAAUGGUGAAAAAGUAAAGAAAAAGAAGCCAGACAAAGACAAAGAUAAGGAGAAGGAGAAAGACAAAGACAAAGAAGGAACGAAAGACAAGGCAGAAGCGAAAAAGAAAACAAAAAGUGCACCAAAGAAGAAGAAAAGUGUAUCAGAUGACGACGAUGAUGACGAUGAUGAGGAAGAGGAUACUCCACAGAAAAAGACCAAGAAGAAGACCACAAAGGACAGUGAGAAAGACUCAAAGGACAAGGACAAGAAGUCUAAAUCUUCUAAAGAGGACAAAGACAAAGAUGGCGACAAGGGGAAGAAGAGCAAGAAGAAAGGAGAGGAGCCCGCCUCCAUGUUUCAGAUCAAUGGGGGCGGGGGCAAGGCAGACACUAAGAAAGACAAAAAGAAAGCUGCCAAGUCUGACAGCAGUGAUGAGAGCGAACCUGAGACCAAGUCCAAAAGUAAAAAGAAGUCCAGCUCCAACGCCAACCCAGCAUCCAUGUUUACAACGGGAGGAGGAGACAAAGAUAAGGACAAGGACAAAGACAAGAAGAGCAAGAAAAAAGCCAAAGCAGAAGAGAGCGAGUCUGAAUCUGAGUCUGAGGUGAAAGAGAAAAAGAAGAAAGGCAAAGGGAAGAAAGGAAAGAAGGAGAAGGAGAGACCACCGACCCCUCCCGAGUUUGACGACCUGGAGCAGUUUGUCCUGCAGCCGGCGCCACAAGGCACAACAGUGAGGUGUAAGGUGACUCGCGACAAACGAGGAAUGGACCGGGGCUUCUACCCCACCUACUAUCUCCAUCUGGACUACGAGAAGAAACAAGUCUUCUUAUUGGCCGGUAGGAAGAGGAAGAAGAGUACCACUUCCAACUACCUGAUCUCCAUCGACCCCACCGACCUCUCGCGAGGAGGAGAGAACUUUGUUGGCAAGUUACGCUCCAACACCAUGGGAACCAAAUACACCGUGUUUGACAACGCCCAGCAUCCAGACCGGGCGCUACCAGACAUGUCAAAUGCACGGCAGGAACUGGCUGGAAUCAUAUAUGAAACUAAUGUUCUGGGGAUGAAGGGACCGAGGAGGAUGACUGUCAUCAUCCCAGGAAUGGACAAAGAAGGGGAUCGUGUGCCCAUCCGACCUCGCCAUGACAACGACGGCAUUCUGAUUCGCCACCUGAACCGGAGGAUGGACAACAUGAUCGAGCUCAACAACAAGACGCCGGUGUGGAACGAGGAGACGGCGUCUCACGUGCUCAACUUCAACGGCCGCGUCACGCAGGCCUCCAUCAAGAACUUCCAAAUCGUCCACAACAAAGACCUGGAUUACAUCGUGAUGCAGUUUGGGAGGGUGGCGGAUGAUGCCUUCACUCUGGACUACAACUACCCUAUGUGUGCAGUGCAGGCUUUUGCCAUCGCCCUCUCCAGUUUUGACGGCAAGAUAGGCUGCGAGUGAUCCAGGCAGCCACCCCUGACGUCAUCCCGUCCCUCCAGCUUCCAGAACUGUGCUCUCACCUACGACAGUAUAGAAAACUAUGAACUCGCACAACCGCAGAAAGAAAACCCCUCCAAACGUCAUUACGGCACAACGCAGAAGAAUCGUGACAGGACGGGAUGGGAUUGACGGGUGGAUUGUGAGUGACCCCUGGUGGACAUUGAAUGAAAGUGUUCAAUCUUGCGUCUCGUGGUUGAGGAGAGGAGUAGAGCAACUCUGCCCUGGUUGUUAUGAAGCUGUUUAGUGCACUGCUCCUAUGGCUGACGGACAUUGAGAGAAGACAAGAGAGUAUGUGUGUGAUUGACUAAGUUGCCUAUGCUGUCAUUUGAUGGUUUGUUUUUUCUAUAAUCUUUCAUGUGUUCAGCACUUCUGUACCUGCUGAAAAUGUGGGAUGUAUACCUAUAUACUGUAUAUUUUGGGCAAAUCUGUUUUCUGUUACACACAUGGCACUGCACUGAAAUAACAUGAUGUCUGUCAAGUGGAUCAUUACCGCUGUGGUCACUUUGUGGUGCACAUUCAUCAAAAGCAAGUUUAUUUAUUUCGAGACCAUUCUUGUUAUCUGCAUAUACUUAUAUAUUUUUGGUAUAUGUAUUCCCACUGCCGUCAUUGUUUGAGUGUGUGUCACAGCGUGUG